AAAGGCGUGGGGCUCAACUCAAAUCAUGUUCAUCGUCUCUCAACACUUAGAUGGAUUGAAGGAUCAAACGCCCAGUGUUGAUCCCUCCUGCUGAUGAAUCUGGAGGAGGCAACGAAACAAUAUUUUAUUGGUUUAUUUUAUUUUUUGAUUUUUCUCUAACUGUUCCCUCCUGCUGAUGGUCUCUCAUGUCGGUUAAAUCCUAAUGACAGAGAGUUGUGAUUUUCUCUAGUUCCCUUCGACACCAAUGUGUGUUGAUUGUUGAGUUCCAGAACGCUUAAGGAGCUCCCAAAUUAGGAAAUUCUUUGUAUGAAUGGAUUUUCUUUCGAAGGAUUCUCACGGUUGGUUUGCCGAGCUUUGGCGGAGACAGAUAGGUCUAUCUCAGCCCAGAAGCUUUUCCCGACUAACUGGUGGUUCAAUGGUGCUUGUAAAGAAGAUUGAUCUGUAUGGGAAGCUAGAUGGCCAUGAAGGUUGUGUAAAUGCAUUAGAGUUCAACUCUACUGGCGACCUUCUUGUGUCAGGUUCUGAUGACACAAAAGUUAUAUUUUGGAACUGGGAAGCUAAAACUAAAAAGUUCUCAUAUCCCUCUGGCCAUACAGACGAUAUAUUCCAGACCAGAAUUAUGCCAUUCACUGAUGAUCGGACAAUAGUUACUUCUGCCGGUGAUGGCCAGAUCAGGCUUGGCCAUAUCUUGGAGGAUGGACAGGUUGAUACAAAAGAGUUGGGGAGCCACCAAGGUCGUGUAUACAAGCUUGCCAUCGAACCAGGAAGUCCCCACAUAUUUUACAGCUGUGGUGAGGAUGGUUUUAUCCAGCAUUUUGAUCUAAGAAGCCACUCUGCUACCAAACUUUUAUGUUGCUCUUCCUUCACCGAAAACAAGCUACCUAUCACCAGCAUAAGAUUAAAUUCCAUUGUUAUUGACCCACAAAACCCAAAUUACUUUGCUGUUGGUGGAUCUGAUGAAUAUGCACGUGUUUAUGACAUCAGAAAAUAUCAGUGGGAUGCAUCAAGUAAUUCAGAUACACCUGUGAAUACCUUCUGUCCUCAUCACUUGAUCGGCUCAAAUGUUCAUAUCACUGGAUUGGCAUACUCAAAGAAGGGCGAGCUGCUCAUCUCUUACAAUGAUGAGCUUGUCUACCUAUUUCAAAAGAACAUGGGCAUAGGCCCUAAUCCACGGUCUAUUCCAGCUCAGGAUAUCCAAAAAUUGGAGCAGCCACAAGUGUAUACAGGGCAUAGAAAUUCACAAACUGUUAAAGGAGUCAACUUCUUUGGACCCAGCGAUGAGUAUGUUAUGAGUGGGUCAGACUGUGGUCAUGUUUUUGUCUGGAAGAAGAAGGGAGGUGAACUCUUGCGGUUAAUGGUAGGUGAUAGGCAUGUAGUAAACCAACUUGAGCCCCAUCCUCACAGUCCUAUUUUUGCCACUAGCGGGAUAGAAAAAAAUGUCAAGGUCUGGGCUCCUUUGGCUAAUUGUCCCAUUCCAUUACCUGACAAUGCAGAAGAGAUAAUGCAGGCUAAUAGGCAGGGUAGAGAAGAUCGUGCACGAAUUACACUUACUCCUGAUGUCAUCAUGCAUGUACUGAGGAUGCAGAGAAGGCAGACAUUAGCUUACAUUGAAAGGAGAUACACCAGACUUGAUCUUGAGAGCGAUGAAGAAGAUGAAGGAGACACGUAUACUUUUGGAUUGUCAGAUGGUUAUGCCUCUUCUGAAGAAGGCUUAAAUUCCAGAGAGUGCAACAUUAGCUAAUAUAUGUAUGGUUGGUUCAUGUGUAAGCCAAUGUUCACCAGGGCCAUUUCCUACAGUCAUUGUAAGAUAUAGCAUCAGAAUGUGGGUUAAGGUAGCCACUUUGUACCCAAAAAAAUGUCGGGAGUUGGGACCAUGUCUCUUCCACUCCUUUUCUAUUGCUUUCUUUUGUCUGCAAAUACCAUGGUAUGACUCAUGCCAUAAGAUUCAGAUUUAGUUUUUCCUUAAAACAGUCGAUUACAGAAUUGGUUAGGAAGACAUAGAAACCUUCAUCACGAAUCAUGACAUGAUGCUUGAACCCACUUGUAGAACAUGAGUUUGUAGUGGACUGUGUUUUGGCAAAAAAUUGGACAAACUGGUGCCUUGUUCA